UCGCCAUUUUACUUCGGGCUCUCGACAGUGCAUCAUCGAUGUAUAUAUUCGCUUUCAUCAACUGUCGAUCUCAGACCUUCUCAUCAUUAUUUUAAGUUACUAGUCAUUCAUCUGUGCUACCAUCAUGUCACAACAAUUUUGUUUAAAAUGGAACAAUCAUAUGAACAAUAUGAUGGAUGUGUUCAAGAACUUGUUGUCGACCGAGGCUAUGGUCGAUGUUACACUCGCCUGUGAUGGGUUAAGCUUGAAAGCGCACAAAAUAGUUCUUUCAGCUUGCAGUCCUUUCUUCCAGUCUUUGUUUUUAGAAAAUCCCUGCAAGCACCCUAUUGUGAUAUUAAAAGAUAUGAAAUAUACGGAACUCAAAGCUAUUAUAGAGUUUAUGUAUCAUGGUGAAGUAAACGUUGCUCAGGACCAGCUGUCGGCUUUAAUGAAGACAGCUGAAACACUUCGUGUCAAAGGACUAGCAGAAGUUACGAACGAAAAGUCAUCUUCUAGUGUUUCUCAAGAUGAGUCUGGGCAUAGGUCAGUGCCAAGGACAGACACGCCACCUCCAAAGCGUAGAAGAGGCCGUACGAGAAAGCGGUCUCUUAGUGAUUCUAAUAGGUCAGACGAUGAAUCAAAUGAACCUAAAAUUAAACAACCUGACUCUCCUGAAAUAGAAGAGUUAUCUGGUGAUAUUACUAUAGACAAUUCUCAAUAUUCAAACAUGCAAUCUCAGGUGCCUAUGCAGACUUUAUCAUCCCAUACUAAUUCAUUUCAUAAAGCAAUUGACUCUGUUGUUGAUGACUCUGCUUCCAUUGACGACAGUUUUGUACAGGAAGAAAAAUUUGGGGUAGAGCCUGCAAAACUACUAGAACAAACUUUAACAACAGACGAUCUUCCUAACAGAAGAUCUGGUCGCUCAUCUGUACAGUCAAAUUUAGAAAUGCAAAGGCGGCCAAGGAGUAGCACAGAUCAUUCCACAGCUUUAGUCCCUUCAUCAAUGCCAUCAGAAGCCUUAGGUUCAAACCAACAGCCAGAAAGUCCACCUGAUAUCAAACCAGAGCUUUUAGAGUUGGACCCGCCAAUGUCCUCCCCUGUGGCUGGUCCAUCUCACAGUACAGACAAUUCCAUGAUGAUGUACAUGGAUCAAACUGUUGCAAUUCCUGGGCCAAGUGGCUAUCAAGAUAAUAGCCAGGCCCUUGUUCCAGCAGACUCUCAACCACAGGGUAAAUAUAACUUCGUGUUUCAAUCUUCUGAAAUUGUCAAUAAGAUCAGGAUGUUUGGAACUUAAGUUAAUUUUAUUGAUGAUUAAAGUUGUUUUAGCUUUUCUUUCGUACAAAGUUGUAACCCACUAGCAUUACUAAUAUUAAAGUAAUCUGAGUACUCCUCGUAGUUCUGAAAUUCUGCUAUGCAGUCAAAAUGUUUGCUUUCAGCAAUUCUGCAAUGCAGUCUUUUUGGUCCUUUUCUGAAAUAAAAACUUCAAAUUCAAAAUUGUUUUCAGCAUAACAUAUGGAAGAUUCUUUAAUUUAUCUAAUUUAAAAAGUACAACUAGUUCUGUGAAUAUCCUGGUCUUAUUUUCAACAACAGGUUCUUCAUGCAAAGACUUGCUAUGAGUUAACUGACUUAUGAUUGACUUUUGGUACACAGUGCACUUAAAUCUAACCUGAUUAUGCCAGACAAUCAAGCUCUUUAAACAAAUAAAAAAUAUGAUUACGUUUAAUUCUGUAAAAGCAUAAAAACAUUUCAGUGUGCACGUUUCUCCAUGUUUACCUUGUUUGAGGUUCGGAGAUACUAAAUCAAGAUUAGCAAAUUGCAUGAAGACUCUACAAUAUAUCAAAUCAAAUGUGUAAGAAAGAGUAGUUUACUCUUGUUUGUAAUGUAAGUAUUAAUUCUUGGGCAUUUAAAAUUUCAAAUUGUCUUGUAUUUUUAUGUGUUAAUUGUAACCACUUUUAUUGUCAUUGUUUUAAUAAUGUUCUGUGUAACAUCGAACUAAUCGCCACGCCGAAACCGAGCUUUUCAGUGGAAACCGCUUACGGCGCCGAUGAACCGCUUCGUUUUCGCGUUCAAGAAUUCGCUAUCUCUUCAGCUGAAGAAAGAAGAUUGGAUUCUCAAUAUAUAGUAAGUUGAGCUCUUUUUACUUUUCAUUCAUUUUAAUGUUAUAAUAUUAAAAUUGUUUUCAGCUAGUCAUUGGUAAGGUGACUAUAUAAAGGUUCAGAUUAACUGGAACAUGUUCUCUUUCAGCAAAACGAAUGUACCUUGUAAAUGAAUGUUUUCAGACGGUGUUGUAUUACAUGUAUUAUGUAUUGUUAUAUGGGUUAAUGUAUAAAUUAUGAAUUGUAAACAUAUUGUAAAAAUUCUGAAUUGUAAAAUAAAUUGGUUGUCC